AUGAAUGUUAUGAAUUGUUUAAAAUCGUACGUGCUCACGCACGAGUACACGGAAGAAACAAUCUUGAGAUAUUUCUUUUCCCUCGCCUUCCUCUCGUUUCUGACGCACGAACUUUUACAUCUGAUGAGCGCGUCGAUCUUCCCGAAGUAUCUUUUCGGCGAAAAGAAAUGGGAGAAACUUGCGAAACACCGACGGGCGCAAGUGGUGCACGCGCCGAACCAAAUUUUGAACGGCUUACUCGCCGGGCAAGUCGUCAGGGGAAGUUUAGAACGAUUUCCGUCCGCGAUGAAAAAGAACGGGAAAUUUGACGUCGGGAGACGCUUGGAAACCACCACGAGAGGAGGAGGACUGUUUGGCGGAUUUUUGAACCUGUUGACGCGAGGAGGAGUUUUAGGAGGAGAAAAGAAGGCGGUGACGUUUAGACGGACGACAGUGCUCGCGACGGCGGCGUCGUGCGGGUAUUUGAUGUAUGAUUUCUUGUUGUUGACUAUUUUCGAUCGGAAGAACAUGCUCCGAGCGCACGGGAGACGACAGUAUAUGAUUUACAUCAUGCACCACGUGUUGCCGCUGUUGAUGUGGCCGGUGGCGACUCGGUACGGGACGUUUGAGUAUUUCGUCGCGUGGGGCGUGAGGUCGGAGUUGAGUCAAGCCGCGAUGGGGUUGAGAACUGUAUGCAUUGGGAUGGGGAUUUUAGAUACCAUUUACGGGGUUAUCGUGCAGUUGAAUUUCGUCGGGGUGUACUUUUGGGUGAGGAUGUGGCCUUUGUUGGAUCACGUUCGCUCGAUGGCGAAAGCGGAUUGGUUCGCAGAGAAUGUGCCGAGGUGGCAGUUGCCGUUCGCGUUCUUUACCGUGCCAGUGCCGGCGAUGUUGAACGUGUACUGGUGGUUUAUGAUUAUGGGCGCGUUUUGGAAAGUAGUUAGCGGCGGGAAUAAGAAGAAGAAGGAGGCGUGA